GCAAAGUGAUGAAAUUCCAUCCAUGCUCAAUUUCGUCACGCUCCUCUCAGCAUGCACCCAUCCCUUUCAUCUCAAUCCCUCGGCAAGGCCACGGUAUCAAACCCUGGACCCGCAGCUGCUGGUCCUUCCAUGAUGACCGGCCUGACAGGGCAGGGCACGACAACUCGGGGCCAACAGCCAGCUCUCGACUCAGGGUGGGGCCGGCAGCUCUACACUACGGAGUUUAUACGGAUACGGCUCUCUCCCUCUGGCACACCAAGGCACACGCACGUUGAGGCACAUUCCACACUGCCGCCUGACCUGCCACCCAGCCAUCCUGGCAGUGGGAACGCACUCAGGCACUCCACGGGGCCUGAUGACGAGAGGGCAUGCAAGCGCUCUACUUAUGUGUGGCAUGUUCCGUUGGUUACACUCGGCUCUGUCUGGAGUAGGCUCCGCUCUCGCCAACGGCCGCGGCUGGGGCCAGCCACGAGCAACGGUGUCGACCUCGGAGGACUCUGACUGUGGACUGCGAGGGCUGCAACAUCGCGACCCCCAGGCGAGUCGGGGUUUUCCUUGGGGUGGGCCCUGUCCCCAUGACCUCUUCCUCAGGCGGCUGCGGUGCUGCACCUGCGCCUGCGCUCACUCCAUUCGAGUGAGCUUGCUGGGCUGGGCUGGCUGGCCUCCAGGUGCUCGCUCCGCGGGCCCACAACCCACGACCCACGACCCUCGACCCUCGACCCUCGACCCUCUCACUCCACGCUCACGCUCGACGCUCCAGUUGAGCCCGAGCCCGAGCCCCCCCCCCUCUCCCCUGCCCCCUCCCAUCCCCUCCAAAUGGCCAUGAUUGACAUGUACAGGGCCGGUCCUCUUGCCUCAUGCAGAGUAGACCAACGCCUUGGGGGCUGCGAACACGCAGACACGCUGCGCGACAUGCCAGCGUGCCUAUCCACACUGCCCCUCGCCGGGCCAUGCACCUUGUGCAGUGCAAAUCCCCCCAGGGACGCAGAGAGGGUACCACAAGCUUAUCCACAUCCUCGCCUCACGGCCCAGAUGGCCAGAAGGAGUACGGAGUAGCGUCCUCUCCCCAUCCCCCUCACUGCCCCAGUUGCAAGCGCGGUCGAGUCCCUCCGGCACGCCUCCACACGUGCGUUGCUCUCCCGGAGUCCGAUUUCUGGGGCAUCCUGCUGGGCCCCCGCUCCGUCUCGCCCGCCCACCCGCCAUCUUGUUCCCUCGUUCGAGUGCCUCUCUCUGAGUCUCUCGCCAUGGAGAGCUUGCACAUCCUUGCACGGAUGCCCAGCAGGUUCUGCAGGUCAAGGUAUCCUUACUCUGCGACCUGAUCUCGGCCAACCCUGCCGUUCCUCACCCCCCUGAGUGCGGUGUACUCUUGUACUAUGUACACUACACAGCUCGCCGCCCCCUUCCCCUACCACCACCCCUGAUGGGGGACUGGAUUGACUCGUCUGGUCUCUUCUCGUCCGUUAUUUAUUAUGUCGCGUUGGUCGCAGCACAGCAGCUUCAACCCCCAGUCCUGGGACUCACUAGCCACUCCUGCCACCUCCACACCAGGGUCCACCACGCGAACCGGGUCCGGCUAGCCUCCCUUCUCAUCUGCCUCUACUCCACACUCCCAGGUCGCCUCUAAAGUCACUUGCUUGCUUCAUAUUUACCGUGCCUUCUCCUUUGAUAGUCUUGUUCUCUCACCUUGGUGCUCUUCCAAGUCUCCGAGAGUUAGCCCAAGCUCGAUCCCACCACCACCUCACUUAUUGCUACUACCUAUCGAGGACAAGUCGUCAUCGUCGACUUGUAUACAUAUAACAAGACAAAGGCCCCCUCGACGCCUGCUAUUGACAUCAGAGAGCUUUGCCCGGCCAUAAGCUUGCGAUCCCACACCGGAUGAUGCGUGUGAACGACUGGUAGUUUCAAGGGAGGAAACUUGGGCCAGACCCCUCAGCUUCGAUCUGAUAGAGGCACUGGUUGUCCUCUGCCCCAACGAAUGCCCUUCAUCACACUGGGAAUGACUGUUCCUUUCGAAGCGACCGGUGUCGCGCCGCCUCCUCCAGGAGUACACUCCGUCGCAAUGUCUCGACCCCAGGUCGGCAUCGAGAGACUCCCUGCUCGGCGCAUGAGCAACGAGCCCCGAGAGUCAAUGAACUGCAAAUCAUGCCGCAAGCGCAAGAUAAAAUGCAACCGGCUACGACCAUCGUGCGAGGCAUGUCAGGUCUUUCAAUGCCCUUGUGUAUAUGAUGCUGUGCCGAAGAAACGCGGGCCCAAGACAGAUGUCCUGGAAGCACUCUUGAAAAGGGUAGAUGGGCUUGAGGCCAAACUGAAAAGCAAAAAGGAACAGCCAGGCCAGCCGGCUUCGGAAGCCGUCGCCUCCACUACGGAAGAGGUGUCGUCCUCAACGGUAGCAGAGGCAGCAACCACAGCAAGUCGGAACAGCACUGAGGUCGAUGAUGCGAAGCCUCCACCUGUCAUUGAAACAGCACGAGCUGUGGAUGUUACAGAAUCGGCCGUGUACACACCUACUUCAAGCAGCGCCCCAUCACCGCCCGGCAUUCAACCUGACGCCCUUCUCGACACUUACUUCUCCAGAUUCCACGCCAAACCAUUUUACAUUCUCGACGAAUCGUCCGUUCGACAAAGGCUGCAAUUGAAUCAGCUUCCAACGUAUUUGGUACACGCCAUAUACGCCGUUGCAGCCCGAUACACGCCUCAUCCGAGCGGGUACCAAUCCGCAGUGAAGCUGAGCGAGGAAUAUGCCACACGUGCCCGGAUGGAAAUCGACCUCGAUGAACCGUCAAUUGAUGCCUUGCAGGCUUGUCUUUUGCUGGUCACUGCCUUCACCGCAGCUGGAAAGGGGAAAAAGGCAUAUAUGCUUCUAACCAACGCUGUCGGAAUGGCCAUGGCACAGGAGCUACACCGAGAAAUGGACCCACGAGCAGGCGUCACGCCGGUCGAACGCGAGACGCGAAGGCGCCUGUUCUGGACCUGCUAUUUGCUUGACCGAUUCAUGGCUUGCGGGUCAAAACGGCCAUGUCUGGCCGGCGACAAGACCAUUCUGCUUCGUCUGCCAUGCUGGUCGCCGAACCCGGCGGCGCUGCCGAUCGAGGGAGAGUUCUUCCAGAGCGCGUCUAAUCUUCAGUACAUGCAGGGCACGGGAAAGAAGUCACAAGGAAGUAGUGGGAUGCUGAUCGAUAUCAGCCGGAUUCUCGGCAUCACAAACCGGUAUCUCGCAGCAGGGGGCGUCAAAGGCGACUCACAUUUCCCCUGGCACUCGCUCUCCAACCUUUCGAAGAUCCGACAAGACUUGGACGUGUGGGCGUCUGGCACCGAGGACGUGUUCUCGAGUCUCGAUACCCUCUUUGGGCAGAACGACUCAACAGUUCUUGUACUAAGCAAGCUCAUCUAUCACCUGAUUCAUUGCCUGAUCUACCGUCCCUUCCUCCCGAUCGACCUCGCAGAGCUCGCAGGCAAUGGCCAGCACCAAUCGUGGCAGAUCGAGGCUACCAAUAUGUGCUUCCUGCAUGCAAACGCAAUCGCCGAGCUGGUGGAGCUUGGCAAGCAGACAGCAACCAUCGAGUGGCCUGCAUUCGUAGGCUACUGCAUCUGCACGGCUGGCACUGUUCACAUCCACGGCGCACAUUAUAGCAAGCUUGGUCCGGGUGGAGAGAUGAGUGUCUUCAACUCUUCCGCCGAGUUCCUCUCCAGAGAGAUGCAGCAGCUUAGCGAGCUGCGAUAUGCUUGGGCUAGCGUGCAACACCAGCGCGAAACACUCCAGAGCAUCUUCAACGCGCACACGGAACUGGUCAAGAGCUUUGCAAACAUGCGGUACUCUCCGGCCUUCCAACUCGAGGAUUUCUUCGAUCGAUACUCAAACAUCGGUGGGCCUGGCGGGCAGACCUUUAAUUUUGACGCUGCCAAUCUCAGCCUGUCCGACGUGGUGGUUGAUUUUACCACUGACGCUUACACCGGGCACGACUUCUACGCACCUCGGGACCAGGGUCCCGAACGACCCAACCUCAAACGCAAGCCGACCCUUCAAGGAGGCCGACGGAGGGCAGAUUCGAAGCCACUGGCCCCAUUGGCCAGCAACGUCAAUAUGAACGCACCGAUACACACGGGCUUGCCGACGCCCUCGCAACCCCGACAUCCUGCUUUUUCAACCCACGGCAUGCCAGCCCACCCACCGCAUCCGUCGCCAGCGAUGCUCCACAGCCCUGCAUCGAUUGCGUCCCACACGGGCCUUCCAGAGCAUGGACACAUGAAUGGUAUGCAGGACUCCGACGAGAUCGCGAACAAUGCCGCCAUGGCGGCUGCUGCUGCUGCUGGCUUCUCCAUCCCACAACAUCCUCAACAUCCUCCACCUUCGCAACCCCAAGCCAAUCCUUUCAGCCCCCCUUAUGCGAGUUUUGGUCAUAUGCCUAGUUCGACCCCCGGCCCCGCGUCCCCACCGAACAAUCAGAACAACACGAGCGGAACAUCAUAUGACCCUAUGUUCGGUGGUUUGCCUACUAACGCUUUCUCAAGUCCCGCCGCAUGGAAUGGCAAUGAGGGAACACCUCGACCAGCAGGGGUUCAGCUGGCACCUAGUCCAGGUGGAAUGAGCAAUAACGGCAGCACGGGCACUGGGCCUGGUGAGGAGAAAGAUCCAUUCCUCAGCCUGUUGGAGCAGCUUGCAGAGAACGAGAACGCACGUGGGCCGGGAUCCGAGUUCGACUUCUUCUUCGCAGGCACAGCUCCACAAUGAAAAUCCGAGCCUAAGGUUCAUCUGCAUUGGACGGGACAGCUCAAGUUUUUUUUAUUCCACGACGAAGCCAUGAACAGGACCCUAUGCCUGCCGGAACUUCUAUUAUUAUUUUUCCUUCUGUCUUUCCGACAACCAAUGUAUUGUCUAGCGGCGCUCAAGUUGAACUUGGCAAUGGAGCGGCACUAGGUGUUUUUAGAGGGAUGGAAAACUCAAGUGUGAAGGGAAUGCGGCGUGUUUAUCACGGGAGCUUUGUUUUGUUGUUGGUAGCAGCUGCUCUCAACUGGAACCAAUUACGAGCAGUGUGUCUAAAACUGCGACCAUGGUUCAAAAAGAGCCUGGCAGUGUCUCGGAUUCAACUUGCGACGAUCGCGUCCCAAUUCUUGGAAUCAUGAGCACAGGCUCAGGGUUGAGAGCGAGAGCGAUAUUUUCUACUGCCAGUCUCACUUUGAGGUGGACGGCAACGACGACGACGACGAUGAUGAGGUUUGACGAUGCCCAUCUACAUUGAUACCGACCCGGCAUACCCAUAGGGUCAACCAAAUCAUGUAUCAUAUUGCCUAGUUUAUAGUAUGCCCCAUGAGGCUUCGGAUCAACGGAGUUUGAUACCUCUCAGGGGUCACGAGUACAUACAGCAGCGUAAGGCGAUCUCAAGCUUAUUGGAGAUUACACUUUCUCCACCUGGCAUCUACCUCUCCAGAAUCACAGGGCCCAUGCCAACAGAAACAAGCAUCAUUCAUGUCAGCCGGAGCCAGGUCCCAGGACAGGCACAGGUCGCUCCCUGCAGGGGCCCUGGGACGGGCUGAAGCCCUCCGUGGCCCUCCAAUUUUGGGGGCCAGUCGAGCAACUUCGAUGGCAUCGAUACACAGACACAGCACCUAAGCCAUGGUCCGACAGGCUGGAGGGUCGCAGCCGAGGCUUUUCCGACCUCCACCGCGAUCAUGGGGUAUCCUUAUCCGCAGGGGUGCCACGACUUUCUUGCUCCCUUACCCCAGACGAGAUAGACAGGGUAGAUCCCAGCUUCUCCAUGAGAGAGCCGCAGGCGGAUUCAGCGAUGUGACCUAUGGGCUCUCUGCGGGAGACACCACCCUAUAGUCGAGUCUUGCUAUUGCUUUGUACCUGUACUUGCGAGGUCUGGCCUUGGAAGGGUUUUGCGAACAGACAAGUUUAUUUCCUCUCCUGGACACGGAGACGUGGUCGAGAGGAUUGGAUGGCCUUGAGAUGGUCGCAUUCGUGCGCUUGUCUUGUCACAAUAGGGAGACGUUGCCCACACGAGAGCCUACUCGGAAGCUUUUGUGACGGGUGAUGAAGAGUGAUGAGCGGUGUUGGAGUGAUGAUUGCACGGGGUCUAUGCUUAUGAUUGACGAAAACGCCCCGGUGCCGACCCCAGAGUUCAAGCGCAAGCUUUACCGGUAGUUCAUUAGCGUCGUCCGGAAUUCUCUGGCUCAUGCGCUGCUGGCGGCAUUGUGAUCUUUUGGUUCGACAGGCUUUAGCCCGAAUGGCUCGAAUACUUUAAUACCACCUCAACGGAUGGGCACUGUGGAACGGGGGAACAAAAGAGAGGAAAACAUGCAUAGCAUGCGUGUUUGGGAGCAGCGCAGGCAUGAGCUGGUCGAUAUAAAAAU